AUGAAGAGAAGCGAACCAGAUAAUAUAGAGAAUAUCAUUAAUAAUUUUAUACAACAAUUUGAACAAAAAGUUCCAACAAAAGAAGAAGAACGAUCAGACUUUUGUUAUAAUUUAAGUAAUACAUGUAAAACAUUAGCAAUGGAAAUGAGUAAUGAUCUUAGCGUUGUUUUAGUAAAACGAGGAUUGAUGGAAAUGAUAUAUAAAUUACUUCUUAAAGAUGAUAUUAAAUUAGACCUUCAUGCUGAUCUUUAUUUCCUUAUUCAUGCAAUGUAUCAAGAUAAUAAUAAAACUAUAGAAAAACAAAGUAAAUUAUUAACUUUAAUGAUGAACCAAAUGAGUCAUAUGAUUGAUAUUAAAGAGAAUAUGAAAGAAGAUGUUCAUUUGUUAGAAAACAUUAUUAAUGUUCUUAUUGAUUUUUGUGAGUACUCACCAGAAUAUUUAGCAAAUAUAACAACAUCUCCUUUAUUAAUCCAUUUAAUAAAUUUACUUAAUCCAACAGAAGAACCAUAUUCUAUUCCAAUUAAUGUUUCUCGUUUACUUGUUGUUUUAACAGAUGAUAAUCAACUUUGUGUAGAGUUAUUAACUCAAAAAAUUCCUCAAUAUUAUGAUAUUUUAACAAAGUUAUGUGAUUCUAAAUUACCAGAUUCAAUGAAGAUAUGUUAUGCAACGAUUCUUCAUAAUAUUCAUCCUGUUAUCCAUAAAACGUUACCUAUUAUUUUACCAAUUAUUAUGAGAACUAUUGACUGUUCUAUUAUAGAACAAUAUGAAACAAUUAAAACACAACUCGAAACACACUCGAUUCAAACAAAACAAAAUAACAAAGAAAAUGAAGAAGAUGAGUUAAAUACUGAUAUAUUUGUUAAAACAUCAAAUGAACUUAAAACAAUUAUAACCAAAAUUAAAGCAUUAAAAAUGGGAAUUGAAUUAUUAACAAAUAUUACAACAUUUGAUGAUGAACCAAAUCCAGUUAUAAAGAAAAAUAUUGAAGAAUCAAAAAUACCAGAAAUAUUAGUUAAAAUUAUACAACACCCAAUAAAUAAAACAGAAUCUCUUAUUGUAUCAAUUAUUGAAACUACAUUUAGUGCAUUAAACAAUGUUUUACUUAUAUUAGAUAAUUCGUAUCAAAUAGAAAUUAAUGGAACACAUUCUACAUUGGCUCAAAUAUUAUUCCCAUUAUUAUCUCAAUACAUAAAAAAGAAUUCAAUGGCAAAUUUAAAUACAAUAGAACAUGCACUAUUAGAUGGUAGUUUAAUGUGUUAUCAUAGACUAUUAUUAAAAGGAAAUAAUGAAACAGAAAAAAGUCAAUAUACAAUUAUGUGGGAAUUAACAAGAAAAUAUCAACAAUACACUCCACUACAAUGUCAAUCUGAAUUACCUACUAUUAUUAAUUUAUGUUAUAUCUUAAGUGUUAUUGGAAAAGAAGAAAAAGCUCCAUUACGUUCUAUUGCUUUGUUUGUCAAAAAUAUGUUAUCUAUUAAAUUGGAAGAAACUACUGAAAUACUGUAUGACGCUGUUUUAAAUAUCGUAUUAGAUUUAUUUGCUGAAGAAAAUACUAACGAAAUACUAAAAAGUACUGGUCUCUAUAAAACUAUCAAAGAACAUUAUAAAUCAUUCAUCUCUUAUACUUUAGAACAUAUUAGAGAAGAUGAUACUUCAUUAGAAGAUGUAAUAAAUAAUUUAGAAAGGUAUAUUGACUAUAAAACAAAACAAGGACUUUAA